AAGACAGCGCCUCUCAGCAUUGAACCCUAAUAGACAAAGCUUCCUCGAGAGAACCACCAUGGCGAAGCCGGCACCCGAAUCCGUCCAAUGCUUUGGGCGCAAGAAGACGGCGGUGGCUGUGACUCACUGCAAGCGCGGCCGAGGGCUGAUAAAGAUUAACGGAGUUCCGAUCGAGCUCGUUCAGCCGGAGAUUCUUCGGUACAAGGCGUUCGAGCCGAUCCUCCUCGUUGGCCGCCACCGCUUCGCCGGCGUGGACAUGAGAAUCCGCGUGAAGGGCGGUGGCCACACCUCUCAGAUUUAUGCUAUUCGUCAGUCUAUUGCGAAAGCUCUCGUCGCCUUCUAUCAGAAGUACGUUGACGAGCAGUCGAAGAAGGAGAUUAAGGAUAUCCUCGUGAGGUACGAUAGGACUUUACUGGUGGCAGAUCCCAGGCGCUGUGAGCCGAAGAAGUUCGGAGGACGUGGUGCCCGCGCCAGGUUCCAGAAAUCCUACCGUUAAAAUGGUUCGUACUGUUUACGCUUUCAUUUCGACAAUUUCUUGCUGCUCGUUUGAAUUUUGGUAUUAUUUCUGUUUUGAAUCACAUGCGACGGUUUUGGUUUUGAGACUUUCUUAAUCGAUGAACCAUCCUUUUUCUAGUUAUUUCCAAUAUCAUUAUUAUUGUGUUUCGUA